AUGGCAGCUAAGGCAGGUCUGCGCAGGAAGCAGUUCAACCUUAUCCACGAGUUUUUCGAAGAGAGAAAUGUUCGUCUUCCACGCGAUCAGUGUAGAGUGGAGAAUCAGCGCAAGGCGGCAGAGGCCAGUCACAAAAAGUCCGAGUGGUCUGACUAUGACGACUGGGGGUAUAAUUUAAAGCCUGAUCGAAUGGACAUUUUCGGAACCGUUCUAGAUUUACUCCAUGCUCAGAUACCUUCGGAGCUUUUAAGCUCUUGCUGGGGAGCAACAGGAUAUCGUUGGCGCGUGGCAUCUCUACAUAGAUUCGAGGAACUCCGGCUCACAGAAAGCCCAGCAAUGCAGCCCUCAUUCAGGUGGAAAUAUGCCCAAAAUAAGUGGCCGUACUUCCAUCUUCGCUUUACGCCCUAUGUGCUUUCGUAUAGUCUGCUUCUGAAUCAUCGGAAAAGUGGGACAUCUCCGGAUAUUGCAUGGGGGGUGAACGCAGCUCUGUAUGAUGGCUUCUGCUUGCGGCUGAUGCAUUUUGGCGUCCUACUUGGGCCGUUCGACACAUCCAAGGUCGUCGAUGCUGUCUGA